AGGGAGAGAGAUGGUAGAGUUGAACGCGAGAAAGCGAGAAGAGCCGGUCAUGUGGCUGGGCACGUGGUCUGUGCGGGAGCUGCUGACGUUGACGUCGCCGGCCACCUCCUCCGGCAUCCGCCUGCUUUUCACCUCAUACUCUCUUUUCUCCCCUCUCCACUCACCCUCAUCCCUUCUUUUUACCAGAUUUCUUUCAGAAACCAUGCCCUACUCCUAGCGCGACCAGCCUCUUUUCCUUGAUUAACCCCAAACCCACCGCUACAAGAGAUUCUCGCCAUGGUGUCCCUGUGGCCCUUCAAGGCCGAGGACACCUCCCCAGCAUCCUUCGAAAAAGCUCUCGCGGCCCUCUCCGCUAAAAUCACCCGCGCCACCACCCGCCUCGACCUGCACCGUCAACAUGCCCGUCGCUUCAAAGCCCUCUGGACCCUCUACACCACUUUCGCCUACCUCCUCUACUCCAUCAUCCUCGCCCUCGUCCUCGGAUGGCAGAAUUGGGGCCUUACUGAAUAUGCCGCGAUCAUCGGCGGUCCUGUCCUAAUUUACCUCAUCCGCACCGCCUCCACCCGCUACUACGAUUACCGAAUCACCAAAUCCCAAUCCUAUCUUGAUGACCUCCAAAAACAGCGCGAGAAAACCAUUGAAGAUCUCAAGACGGCCACGCGCUGGAAUUCCACCCAACAACUCCUUGAAAAAUACGGCGGGGCGCCGCCCAAACCCACGCGCUCGAACUCCAUCAAAUCCGGCGACGCGAAGCGCAAGUCUGAAGGGACCGGAAAGCGCAAGCAGCAGCAGCAGCCGCCGCAGCAUGUCCAGCGCACAGGGUUACCUCCGCCCCCAACCGCAAACAUCCGGAGACCUACGCCACAGCAACUUCCCACUCCUCAACAUCCGCCAACCCCACCCGUGGGUUUCCAACAGCAACCGCAACAGCAGCCGUCCCCGCACAUGUUCCCAGGCCAGCAGGGUGCCCCGAAUAAUAUGGGCGUCGAGGAGCCUGGGUUCGCGCCGAAUGCGUUCCCGAGUGCCCCGCAGUACGUGGAGCAUUCACAGUGGUAUGACCGGCUUCUGGACGUGUUGCUAGGCGAGGAUGAGACGCAGCCGAAGAACCGGAUCGUGUUAAUUUGCUCGACGUGUCGGCUGGUCAACGGACAGGCACCCCCAGGGGUGAAGCGGUUGGAGGAGCUAGGCCGUUGGAGAUGCGGGAGCUGUGGAGCGUGGAACGGGGAGGAAAGUGAGGCAAAGAAGGUGCUCGCAGGCAUUCAGAAGGAGCCGCAGUCGCCCGAGGCGACGUGGGAGCCGGUGUCCAGCGUUGAUGGAGAGACUCGAUCAUCCAUGGGCGAUGUGACGGACGAGGGGGUAAUGGUGGCUGCCAGCGAUGACCAGCUGUCACGCAGCUCGGGUGCUGAAACCCCAGAAGAGCAGGAGAGUGCGCAGCAGUCGCAGGAAGAGGAGGAGGAGGAAGAAGAGGAAGAAGAACCCGAACCCGAACCCGAACCCGAGCCAAGCAAGCGAAUGACUCGUGCGCGUGCUAAGAGUGGACGGAGGAAGGGAUGAUCUUUACAUUCUAUGUAGUAUUAGUACUAUUGGCAGGGUAAUAUCAAUAUCCAGUCAUAUUCUAGGAUAGCGGGUCCAUCAGCGGCAUUAAUCUAACUGCACUCAAUC